GCCGCCCCGGCAGCGGAGCGGUCCCAGCGGGCGGCGGAGGCAGCACCGACCGCCCCCGGCCCGGCCAUGUCCGAGCCCGGAGCCCCCGCGGCCGGUGACAAAGCGACCCGGCUCCAGGACCGUGUCCUGGGUGGGCUGCGCUGGGCCCGCCUGCAGGAGCCCCUGGGCUUCAUCAAGGUGCUGGAAUGGCUCUUCGCCAUCUUCGCCUUCGGCUCCUGCGGCUCCUUCAGCGGCGAAACGGGGGCCACGGUGCGCUGUGAGAGCGGGGCCACGACGGUCAUCGCCGUCCAGUUCGGCUACCCCUUCAGGUUAUACCAGAUUCCUUUUGGGAUGCCGGACUGCCAGGAGGAGUCCGAGGCUCGCACCUUGUACCUGGUGGGCGACUUCUCUGCCCCCGCUGAGUUCUUCGUGACCCUGGGGGUCUUCUGCUUCCUCUACUCCAUGGCAGCCCUGGUGCUCUACCUCCGCUUCCAUUCCCUCUACUCCAGCAACACCAAGCUCCCCUUCGGGGAUUUCUGUGUCACCGUGUGCUUCGCCUUCUUCUGGCUGGUGGCGGCGGCCGCCUGGGGGAAGGGGCUGAGCGAUGUGAAGGCGGCGACGCGGCCGGGGGCGCUGCUGGGGGCGAUGGGCGUGUGCCAGGACCAGGGGGUGCAGUGCGGGCCGGGCCCCACGCCCGCCAUGGGGCUGGCCAACAUCUCCGUGCUCUUCGGCUUCCUGAAUUUCCUGCUGUGGGCCGGGAACUGCUGGUUCGUGCUGCGGGAGACGCCGUGGCUGCGGCCGCCCCCGGAGCGGGACAGCGCGGCCGAGCAGGGCGCCAUCGACAAGCAGUGA